CAAUUGUGUUUCAUUUGAUAAGCAGGGUGUCCCUGUGGUUCUUAGUAGCAGCAGCACUGCACACUGGCACCUCUGUCUGUUCGGAGAUUUUGUGUCCAUCUGGUAGCAGCUCUGUAAAGACUGAAUGACAGGUGUUCAGAAUUCGCCACUCUACCAGUACCUGCAGGAUUUGGGACACACAGAUUUUGAAGUAUGCCCGUCGGUGUCACAGGAAGAAGAAGAGUAUGUGUCAGAACAUGGACUCCGAGGACAGGUCUACACAACUGCAAAGCCAAGUAUUUACAAGAGAACAGUGGAAAUAUUGCAAGGCUGGAACCCUUUUAUUUCCGAAAAGAAAAAAGAUGAAAAAGUCCACUUGUUGGAUAUUGGGUUCCGACUGGACGGCCUGCGUUCAAUCCUACUGCAGGAAGUCCUGAUACAGGAGGAUGUAGAGCUGAUUGAGUUGCUUGACCCAGGGAUCCUGUCUGCUGGUCAGACCCAGAAUCAACAGAAAGAACAUCUUCCAACUCUACGCUCCCUAGCAACACCUAAUAUUUGGGAUAUGUCUGUGUUGUUUGCGUUUCUCAGUGCUCUGGCUGCACUGAAAUCAUGGCACUUCUCUUCCUUCUUCAUCUGGGGACCCAGCCUACUUUUCUUUGCCAUUUUUGCCGUCCAGCGAGUGCUGCGAACAUGGAGCGCAAUCAGGCUGCAAGUCAAAUUAAAAAAAUAUUGUGGUCAGCUGGAAAUGACUGUUGCUAACAGCCGGGCCUUCACCAACCUAGUGAGAAAAUCUCUGCGUCUGAUCCAGGAGACAGAAGUUAUUUCUCGAGGAUUCACUCUUUUGCUUGACAGGGUCAGUGCUGCUUGGCCGUAUGAUAAAGUUGGAAAACAUGUAAGCCAGCACCUCCUUGGUUUGCGCAAAGCCGUCUACAAAACAGUCAGAACCAACUUCCGAAUUUCACGUCUUGCUACAUUAUACAUGCUGAAAAAUUAUCCCUUAAACUGUGAGAUAGACAAUGUAACUAACUACAUCUGCGUUGUUCCUUUGAAAGACUUGGGUCUUGGAUUAAGUGAAGAGCAGGUGUCUGAGGAGGAUGCACACAAUCUGACUGAUGGCUUCAGCCUCCCUGCUUUAAAGGUUUUAUUUCAGUUGUGGAUAGGGCAGAGUUCAGAGUUUUUCCGACGCUUAGCCCUACUCCUGUCUCCUGAGAAUGCAUGCCAAGGGUCACUCACUAGCCCAGAGCUGCUUCCACAUUACGUUUGGUGUGACGUGGCACAGGAUCUACCUCAUACUCAGGCUGCCUGCUUAACGGAACUGAAGCGCAGCUACGAGUUUUAUCGUUAUUUUGAAACGCAACACCAGUCCGGCGCUGAGCGUACUAAUAGGAGGAAACGGGAAACUGGGGAGCUGAACAGUCUUCAUGGCGCUGUGCGCAGUCUGCAACUACACUUGAAGGCGCUGCUCAAUGAGGUGAUUAUACUCGAAGAUGAGCUGGAAAAACUUUCCACCUCUAAGGAAACCCAAGUUGUGACUGCUGAAGCUUCCAUUAUCCUUGAAGAAAAGCUAAAGCUGAUACAGCCACAUGUGCAGGCCAGUAACACAUGCUGGGAGGAGGCCUUGUGCCAGGUAGAAAGAUUGGUUCGAAGACCACUGGCAAAGAAAGAUACAACUAAAGCAUCUUGUGAAAAUGUACAUUGGCCUGUGGUGCCCUCUGUACCUCCAGCGCUGCGCAUUGAAGACAAAGAUCCGGUCCCGGAAGAGCAGGAACUAGAGGCCUAUGUUGAAGACAUUGCUCCAGAUGAUGACUUCAGCAGGGAUGAUGUGUAUUUAUUUUCUCCAGAGGAGAGGGAGAGACAGAAGCAUGAGAGGGAGGAGUCUAAGCGGGUACUGCAGGAGCUAAAGGCCGUCCUAGGUUUAAAGGCAUCCGAAGCGGAAAGACAAAAAUGGAAACAGUUGUUGUUUAGUGAUCAUGCUGUACUUAAACCUUUGCCACCUGAUGAGGAAAUGGAUAUUCCCGAGUCACCUCUAGUUCCACAUCCUGAUUUCCCGUAUGAUAGCAAGGCACAGAGCUUUCAUGGAGGUAUCACAAGGGAAAUAAAUGGAACUGAACCCAUUCAUAAAGAAGCCAUCAGUCAUGAGACGCCAGACUUACCUGUUAGUGAUCAUAUUCCAGGUGAAAUGGAAACAUUUCGUCUGCUGGAAAAGCCUGUACCAGCUAGUAGUAAGGAGAAGGUGGAGGCUCCUUGUGCUGCACCUAGGACUGUGUUACCUGCCUCUAUUAAAGAGAGGCUUGCUCGCAUCCAUCAGUCAUCAGAUUUACACUUUGCCUCUGGAUUAGCUGCACAAGUGGCUGCCCGAUCACUCACUUUCACUUUCCUGCAAGAACAGACUUUUGGAGACGAAUGGAACAAUGAUGAGGAUGAGAUGGAGAGUGGUGAUAAUCUUGUGGGGGAUGAAGGACAUGAAGACAAGUGUUCAGAACAUAGAGAAUAACCCAUUUGGGUGAAGGCAGGACAAGCCAUUGAACUCAUGUUGAAGCUCUGUCCAUUAUGUAAGGGCAAACUAGGAUAAACAUUUGCUCCUUAUUUAAAUUGAUUUACCGUCCUCUGUGCCUGGAAAGAUUUUGCAUACAACUCUGCAGUGUCUCAAUGGCUCCUCCAUGUAAUGCAAUUAGGGUCUUACACAGUCCCAGGGACUGCUAUUCAGAGCGGCCCCUGUACCUGGAGAAAACGUAAUACUCCUCACUGAUAGUUAACGCGAUCUACAGUCUGUUAUACUUGUACAAACCAAUGUGACCGCCUAAAUAUCUUUUGGGUUAUUUUAAUAUUUAAGGUUAUUUAUUCAAACGUAUGUUUUGUUUCCAAAUGUUCAUUUUCUGUUCUCUUCAGCUGCCUUGCUUUCUAGACAAACUCAUCCAUUGUUUUAGGACUGCAGACAAACACUCUGUAUGGUAUCAGUGCCACCUUGGCAGUAUUGUCCAGUGUGCACAGGUUAAUGAUGUUGUUCCUUUGUGAUUAUAUUUCUUACAAUAUUCCAGUUACUUAAGCUUAGAAUGGCAUUUUUAUAAUAAAAAGAAAAUAAUUAAAAACAA